AUGAAGUCAAUCGUCGGAACUGCUCUGCUCUCUCUUUUUCCUACCUGGGCCUCGUGCCUCUCCAAGCGCUCCUGCACGUCCUUCGAACCCCAAGGCAAGUACGGGAACAAAGGAUAUACCGUCCCCUCACUGAAGACAUUCCGCACAUCGGAAUACAUCAACUGCACCACGGAUCUAGCUCGCGAAAAGGGAGAAGAUGAUGUCUGUGAAGUUGACCGAUACACCAUGGGCCUCACACUCAACUCGACCGUCAACGUGUCCGUCUCGGACAUCCAACCGGUUCUAGACGCUGUCAAGGACGCCGCUUCGUCAGAUAGGAGAGCCAAGAUCGACCUGAACGAGACCGUUUUGGUGCCAUUCAGGGUCACAAAACCAGGCAUCCCGGCUGGCGAGGCAGGGUACCUGGCCUUUACACCUAUCAUGCGGUGCUGGGAAGGUUUGCUAGGGGACUGCUCCGGUGAUGACGAGAAGCUGGGCGGGAUUGUGGUCGAGGCUUGCGGAUAUGAAUAUGAUGACCAUCGUGCAGUCGACGGUGAGCAGCUGGUUGUUGGUAAAGAGAGUGUUGUUCAAAGUAACUCGGAGGAGUUGAAGGGAAAGCCUCAGCCCACAUGGGAGGAAGCUCAGGAAAAGGCCAAGAAAGAAAAAGAGUCCGACUCUGAAGAGAAGGAUAAGGACGAUGAUAAAGAUAACUUGGCUUCAUCUCUGACGGGACAUGUUCUGGGGUCUGGAAUCUGGGGCUGUGUUGUCUGGACUGCGGUGGGAACUUUGUGGGGGCUCAUGUGA